AAUGCAGCUGCUGCCGCAAAUAAGAAAUUGCCGGAGAGGUUUAUUGAGCAAAAUAGCGGAGCUGGCUAGCACAUGCAAGCUACCUAUCCCAUCCGAUGCAUAUUUCACUUGUCCAGAAUUUUACGAGUCUAGAUAAUAUUUUAGAUCCAUAACGAUGCAGUGGUGUAUACUGUCGUAAACGAUGGAGUAAAUGUCUGCUAGCCAGAUAACGUUAAGGGGCGUGCUAAGCUAGCUAGCUAACGUUAGCUACCAUUGGAAUUCCAGCUGUCUUGACAGCCAUCAUCGAAGACGUAAAUAACAUAUUUUAACAUACUUGGUCAAUCUCAUUAGCAUGGACUCAAAUGUGCAGAAGAGACGUGAGAACAAGAAAUCGCUCCGCGUGAAAGUGAUCAGUCUUGGCAAUGCCGAGGUGGGCAAGAGCUGCAUCAUCAAGCGAUACUGUGAGAAGAGGUUUGUGCCCAAGUACCUGGCCACCAUAGGGAUCGACUAUGGGGUCACCAAAGUCCAGGUACGUGACAGAGAGAUCAAAGUGAACAUCUUUGACAUGGCAGGACACCCCUUCUUCUAUGAGGUUCGUAAUGAGUUCUAUAAGGACAGCCAGGGGGUGUGUUGGUGUAUGAUGUAGGUCUGAGGGAGAGUUUCGAUGCGUUGGACAGCUGGCUGGGGGAGAUAAACAAGAGAUGGGGUUCCAUGGUUAACAUGGAGAGCAUCGUCUUC